UUCCUCACUUUCACUCUACUCUUCCUCGUCUCCUCCACGGUCAAUCGGUUGAUCUGAAGGCGGCGGCGGCGGCGGCGGCACUCCGAGCUCUCACGACAUGGCGAUGCGGUUGGCGGCGGCCGCCGCGUUCGUGCGGCGCCUGGUGCCGGCUCGCCCACCAGUACCCGUCCUGGCGGCGGCAUCUACGGCGGAGGCGGAGGCGGUGACGUGCGGGCGCGGGGACAAGAAAACCAAGCGCGGGAAGCGGUUCAAGGGCUCCUACGGCAACGCACGGCCCAAGCGGGAGAAGAAGAUUGAGCGCAUCAAGGACCGCGUCGAGGUGCCCCGCUCCACACCCUGGCCCCUCCCCUUCAAGCUUAUCUGAGUGGGGACUCCCCUCCGCCCCGCCCCCCUCCCCUCGGUUCGCGAGGGUACCUAGGGUUUACUGCAACAGUUGCUGCUACUUCACCGAUUCCAAUUAGCUUGCACGCCUGCACGGGCGUGUGUUUGCUUUGUUUUUAGUUGUUUCUCAAUUGUGUGGUGUCAGAUAUGUACUGUCGAACUGCUGUGGUUCAACUUUGACCAAUGCAAUGUCCUUUUGGAUGGAAGUGAAAUAUGUUUCUGUUCCAUCAUUCUGUUAGUGUAUGCAUAAUUGGAAAAUGAAUUGAUCGUUUAUUCAUCAGCAGUUAAUGAUGUUC